GAUGGAGUAGUAAAAAGGCAUCCCCAUGAUUCUGAGUACCUUUCCCUGUGGACUCCAGCCCUAGCCAGAGGCUGCAUGUGGAGCUGAAGGAACUGACCUCCUGCUUUCUUGAGAACCCCUUCCUCUCCUAAUUCAUGAGCCAGCAGGAUGCGGUCGCUGCGCUUUCAGAACGCCUGCUCAUAGCUGCGUACAAAGGCCAAACAGAGAAUGUGGUUCAGCUCAUCAACAAGGGCGCCAAGGUAGCAGUUACCAAGCAUGGCCGGACCCCCUUGCACCUUGCUGCCAAUAAGGGUCAUCUGUCCGUGGUCCAGAUUCUGCUGAAGGCUGGCUGUGACCUCGAUGUGCAGGAUGAUGGGGACCAGACAGCUUUGCACCGGGCCACUGUGGUGGGAAACAUUGAGAUCAUCACAGCGCUUAUCCGUGAGGGAUGUGCCCUGGACAGACAGGACAAGGAUGGAAAUACAGCCCUCCAUGAAGCUGCCUGGCAUGGAUUCAGCCAGUCAGCCAAGCUGCUUGUUAAAGCGGUUGCCAGGAACAAGAUCAUUAAGCUCCUCCUCAGCGCAUUCUGCUCUGUUCAUGAAAAGAACCAGGCUGGAGAUACAGCCCUCCAUGUGGCUGCUGCCCUAAACCACAAGAAGGUAGUUAAAAUCCUGCUGGAAGCUGGCGCUGACACGACCAUCGUGAACAACGCAGGCCAGACCCCACUGGAGACUGCCCGCUAUCACAAUAAUCCUGAAGUUGCUCUGCUACUCACCAAGGCUCCCCUACUAGGAAUCUUGCGCUUUAGUCGUGGGCGAAGCCUGAGGAAAAGGAGAGAGAGGCUCAAGGAAGAGAGGAGGGCCCAGUCUGUGCCCAGAGAUGAGGUGGCACAGAGCAAGGGAAGUGUCUCAGCAGGAGACACCCCCAGCAGUGAGCAAGCUGUCCCCCAAAAAGAGGAAGCCAGAAGAGACUGCCCAGCUGCUUCUCAGGAGCCCAGGAAGGGUGACAGGAGGAGAAAGUCAAGGCCAGAGGUGUCAGCACUAUCUGACCCCACCCCAGCAGCAGACCAACAGCCUGGACACCAAAGGAACCCACACAGUCAUCAUCACCCCAAAAAGAAGAGCAGACAUCGAUGUUGGUCCCCACCUCCACCCCAUGGAUUCAGGGCGUACCAGCUCUACACACUGUAUAGGGGCGAGGAUGGAAAAGUGAUGCAGGCACCCAUAAAGGGUUGUCGCUGUGAACCUUUAAUCAACAAGCUGGAGAACCAGUUGGAGGCGACGGUGGAGGAGAUAAAAGCUGAGCUGGCAUCAGUGCAGGAUAAAGUCAACACAAAGCUGGGACAGCUGGAGGGCAAGACCCAGCACCAAAUGUGUGUUUUGGACAAACUGAUGGUAGAAAGACUGUCGGCAGAGAGAACAGAAUGCCUGAAUCGCCUGCAACAGCAUGCAGCUACUGAGAAGCAGGACGGGGAGAACGGGCAGAUGUCCUUGUGCUACGAAUUAAAAGCCUGGUGUAUGUUGAAGAUCCAGAAUCUAGAGCUGAGGCUUUCUCUAGAGUCUCGGACCUGUAGAGCUAAAUCCACACCAUCUCCAUGUGGCUCCUCUCCAGCUGUAGAUCAACCAGUGGCAGCUGAGGGACCAGUGGCAGCUUCCAACAGCUCCUCUCAAGUUGUAAGGCCCAAGGACAAGGUGCUCAGUGCCACUGCUGCCCAGAGACAGCAGGAGGAGCUGCCUCCCUCUGACUGCACAGGCUCCCGGUCAAGGAAGGUCAAGGCCCCAGCAGCCUCCUGUCCCUUGAAUGGGGCUCCCAAGUGUGAUCAGCAGAUGGCAUCCUGUGUCAACAGAGGCACUCAAACCAAAAAGUCUGGGAGAAGUGGGCAGACCAAAAAAAGAGGACAGCAGCCAGCAGCCAGCAGCCCCUGUGGGCAGCAACCAUCAGCAGCAGGCGGUGAUGUUCGAGAUGCCUCACAAGCCCUGGAGCUAACCCAGUAUUUUUUUGAGGCCGUUUCCACCCACAUGGAAAAAUGGUAUGAACGGAAAAUCGAAGAAGCACGAAGCCAAGCCAGUCAGAAAGCCCAGCAAGACGAGGCCACACUGAAGGAGCACAUCAGAAGUCUGGAAGAGGAGCUUGCCAAGCUGCGGACAAAAGUGCAGAAGUAAAACCCAGACCCUGAGGUGAAGCAAUGGGAUUCCUGACUUGGUGACAGCAAAGUAACUGUGUCCCAGGAGCUGGUUAUUAUGCUCAAGGUGAAAUUGAUUUUUAAAAAGUCACUAAUCUGUUGUGAAAACAUACUUCUGUGCCCUCAAGUUACAAGGACUUCACUAGUUACAGUGAAUCCUGGGAAGCUUGAGGAGUUGCAGGUCUCACUCCUAAUUCUAAACCUCAGGCUAGGUUCAUAAAAAGCAAGCCACACCAAGAAGAGAAGGUGUGUGCCUAAGUCUAUGAUUCAGUGAUAUGAAAUAUGUCAGAAGCAAAGAUUACUUUCUGGGAAUUCUACAAGUAGUCAUUCAUGUCCACAUCAACACACCUGCUGUGCCUAGACAGUCCUAGCAAAGCCAGGAAUGGGAUGCAGCUGUGCCUUGAUGGUCCUAGCAGAGCCGGGACUCAGAAGCAGCUGUGCCUAGACAGUUCAAGCAGAACCAGGACUGAGAGGCAGGAAGCAUUCAUUUUCCCUUGUAACUCUCAGAAAGCUCAUCUUUUCACUGGGUGAAACUCAGAUUUUGAGAGGAAAUACAUUUUAAUGAUCUUAGUGUCCAGUAUGUCUUAAAAUAAUUUUAAAGGUCAUGUAAAUAAAGAGUAAUUGCUGACUGGAAAUGUUUGUCAAAUGAGAAAAGUUUAAACCAUUGGCUAGUUACCAUGUUUUUAGUCAAAAUGACUGAACAGAUUACUGGAAAAACAGUCACGAAACAACUUCAGCCACUUACCUUAGACUAUCUUUCUGAAUUCAAGACUUUUGUUCUGUAUUUUGUAAAUAAGGCGAUUUCACGAAAGUUUAAUUUUGAACUGACUUUUCUCACUGAAGGACAUCAAGGUAAAUAAUUGACUAACUCAACAUCAGAAGGCUUUUACUUGUUUACUGAAUAAAAUCUACCCAGUGGAGGUGAUGAAGAUAUCUUGGUUGAGACCUUGGAUUUCUCUUGUAAUCCUUUGGAUCAUGGGUUAUAUCAGUCUCCACAUAUGCACAGAAAAUUCAGUUCUAUUUCUCUAUUCCUAAAAACCUAAUAAUAACUACUAUCCAUGAAUUGUGACUAAAAUGCUGUUCAUUGAACCAAAGAGAAGUGAUGAUCUUUCAGGGAUAGUAUGCGUUUAGCCCUUUGUCAAGUCAAGUUUUUGUUUUUCCUUAUAGUGACAAUCCAUAGAUAUAGACAUUCCUGAAAAAGUAACAGGGUAGAUAUUUAGAAUACAGAAUCCAGUGAGUCAUUAUUUCGUGUGACUGACUUGUCUAUCUUCAGCAUCUUGGGAGGUGCAACCCUUUCCCAGGCUCCUUCACUGGGUCCUGUCUUCAGCUCACUUGCCUGAGCCCUGCUGUGACACUACCCAAAACAAGAUGUCACUCACUUCUGUAGUUUCAUUCUUUAUUAUACAUCAAAUUCUUGGGAACUGUCUAAUACUAAGUAAGAGAUGAAUCCUGAGCUCAGUGAGUUAUGCUCCAAGCCAGAGUUAUUUUCACUGUUAGAAUACUUAGUACCUCACGAUAUCCUUGUUGAGAAAUGCAGAGAUCAACGGUAAUUGAACAUCAAGUCUAGACCACAGAGUAUCUUGGUGGUAGUACUUUGAUGAUAUACCUCCUACUCAUCAGAAGCAGGCAGCUUAUCACUGUGAAUUGGAUAUUUUUGUGGAGUCAUUAAGCAUAAAAACCAGGCUAUUGAAUAAGGUCAGUCAGCCCUUUACUCACAGGGUUGACUUCCUAAGUUUGUUUGUUGUUGGGGGUUGAUUGUGUACCCUAGACUGGACCCUUGACCUCACGAUCUUCUGUCACGGCCUCCCGAAUUCUGGGAUUAAAGGAGUGAACCCCAUGGCCAAACAUGUUUUGUUUAUAACACCAAUGUUAUGUUUGUUGCAGUUGUCCCUUAGCAUCAUGAAGCACUGCAGAUCCGGCGUGUAUUUUCCCCUUGUGCAAUGUGCUAAAACAAGACAACAUCCCAGCUGUACUUUUGACAGAUGUUUCAAACCAAGGCCUAAAAAUCGUCAACAGCUGUGAAAAAUGUUAUCAAACAGUCAAAUUGUACAUUAUUAAUGGCCUUUUUAAAAACGAGUAAUUGUUAGCACGUCCAUUAUACUGUAUACUAAAUAACUGUGAUGGGUGAAUGUGUCAGUCCUAGCAUCACUUUUGAUUUGGGGAGUCCAAAACAGGUUUUUCAUCUGUAGAUGAAAACUUUUUUUUUUUUUUCUGGAAAAAGGCAUGUUGUCUAAUGUUUUUACCUUGAACUUGUAUUUCCUGUAAACAUUAAACAUUGUUUUCAGUUCUGUUGGUACUCCUAAUUUAUAGUCAUUUUUCUGCUGACUGCACUCAAGAAUUCCUUUAAGAGCCAGUACUCAGCCACUUUACUUAUUUAGAGCAAAUGCGUCUAGUUUAAAGUCUACAUCAGAUGUCUUGUGGGUGCAAUCUG